CUAGCGCACCUGUCCUCCCUCUCCUCUUUCCCCUCUUCUCCCCUCUGCCGCGCCUGCGCGCGAAGCGAAGCUCUCGCUUCGACCCUUUGCUUCCCCGGGACUCUUGCCAUGGCGGCCGAUGGCUCCGAGCGCCACACGGCGCAGGUGGUGGGCGCUGACGGAGAGAUGGACGGCUCCGCGCUGGAGCGGUUCGCGGCGGCGGCGGGGCUCGUGCAGCGCGGCCUCUCCUACGCCGUCGUCUCCAUCUUUGGGCCCCAGGGCAGCGGGAAAAGCACCUUGCUCAACCAUCUCUUCGGGACAAGCUUCACCGAGAUGGAUGCCUUGAAAGGAAGGAAUCAGACCACCAAGGGAAUUUGGGUUGCCGAAGCUGUUGGCAUCGAGCCGUUCACUCUUGUGAUGGAUUUGGAGGGGACGGAUGGGAGGGAAAGAGGGGAGGAUGAUACAGCCUUUGAGAAGCAGAGUGCCCUUUUCGCUCUUGCAGUUUCUGAUAUUGUAAUGAUAAAUUUGUGGUGUCAUGACAUAGGCCGAGAACAGGCGGCUAACAGGCCUCUUUUGAAAACUAUAUUUGAGGUUUUGAUGCGUUUAUUCAGCCCUCGCAAAACGACACUACUGGUUGUGAUCCGCGAUAAAACAAAGACCCCCGUAGAGUAUCUUGCCCAGGCUCUAAAGGAGGAUAUCCACGAGAUUUGGGAUUCUGUUCCCAAACCAGAAGUCUUCAAGAAAGCUGCGCUAAGCGAAUUCUUCAAUGUGGAGGUCACCGCUUUGUCAAGUUAUGAAGAGAACGAAGAACUAUUUAAGGAGCAGGUUGGGAAGCUCAGGCACAAGUUUAUUCAUUCAAUCGAUCCCGGUGGUUUAGCAGCUGAUAGAAGAGGUGUCAUACCUGCUUCAGGUUUCUGUAUUAGCGCAAUGCAUAUCUGGAAAGUAAUACGAGAAAAUAAGGACCUUAACCUUCCCGCUCACAAGAUCAUGGUUGCCACUGUUCGUUGUGAAGAGAUUGCGGAUGAAAAGCUUAGAUGUUUUAUGUCGGAUGAGGGUUGGUUGGAGUCGGAGGCAGCUGUAACAUCCGGUCCAGUACGAAGCUUUGGCAUGAAGCUUAGCGACAUUAUUGAUUUUUAUCUAUUAGAAUAUGACAUGGAAACCAUGUACUUCGACGAAGGUGUGAGAACUGUCAAACGUCAACAGUUACAAUCUGAAAUUGUAAAUCACACGCACCCUGCUUUCGAGACAAUGAUAGAACACCUGCAUUGCAUGGUCCUCAGUAAAUUCAAAAACGAUCUAGAACAAUUAUUGAGGAGUGGUGAGAGAUUUGCAGCAUCAGCUCGUCAUUGUGCCCAGUCUUCAUCAGUAGAGUUUGAGGCGGGAUGGAGAGAUGCAGUAGUUAAACAUGCAGACUGGGAUGCUACAAAUAGCAGGAACAAACUGCAGCAGAGUGUAGAAGUUCAUACAGCAUGUUUGAGGAUUGCAAAAUUGGAUGAACUAAAAGCUACUUAUGAGAAGAAGCUCUUGGAUGCACUUUCUGGACCUGCACAAUCAAUCCUGGAAACUGGCGAGCGAGACUCUUGGGCAUCUAUUAGGAGAUUAUAUAGGCGUGAGACUGAACAUGCUAUAUUGACAUUUUCAGAUUCCCUUUCUGAGUAUGAACUAGAUCAGACAACUUCUGUUGAAAUGGUCUUAGAAUUAAGGGAACAUGCAAGAUGUACAGUAGUGAAGAAAGCUCGAGAAGAAGCUGGAAACAUCCUUAUCCGUAUGAAAGGAAGGUUUUCAACUGUGUUUAGCCAUGAUAAAGAUUUGAUGCCAAGGACAUGGACAGCAAAUGAAGAUAUACAUGCAAUCACCCGAGAAGCACGCUUAGCGGCGUUAAGGCUUAUGUCGGUAAUGGCAGCUGUACGGUUGGAUGAUAAACCAGAUAAAAUAGACCGGGCUCUGAUGGUUUCUCUUCUAGAUGGAGGACCACUUUGCUGGAAGAGGAGCAUCGAGUUCACCUCCGAUCCACUUGCUUCAACCACGUGGCAAGAGGUGUCACCAAAGGAUACACUAAUCACACCAGUGCAGUGUAAAUCCAUCUGGAGGCAAUUCAAAGCUGAGACAGAGUAUCCUGUUGCACAAGCAAUUUUGAUGCAGGAAGCACACAGACGUAGUAAUAAUUCGUUACCACCUGCAUGGACCAUUCUUGUUCUUGCAAUACUUGGAUUCAACGAAUUUAUGUUUCUUCUUAGUGUCAGGGUUGUAACAGGGCCAUUUUCUCAUGUUGGUGGGCUGAAUAACCAGGGCUGUUCUUUUGUUCAUGAGCAGGAACCCUGUAUAUAUUCUGGGGCUCUUUCUCGCUUUUGUUCUAUCCUAUGCUGUAUGGUUGCAAUACGACAUUUGGGCUUAUUUCCGUCACGGCGCUGUGUCUGGACUUAUCACUAUUUCGUCAAGUCUCCUCCCCACUAUCAUGGACAUCGUAGUGGCGAUCGUCAACAUGAGCCACAGGAAGAAGCAUUCCUUGCACCGGUCUCGCCGAGCCCCGCCAUACCAUGCUCAAAGCUUGAGCAACCAGUCGCAGCAACACGCUGAAGUGCACUAUCAUGCUUCUCCAGACUCGCCGUCCUCAGUGGACUCGAGCAGUGGCAGUGACUCUUGAAACCGUCAGCACAAACGUCUCAUGGAAGGAGCACUUAAAUCUCGACGUGAUGUGCAAAUGAGUUGUAUAUAUGGUAAGAUGCGGCGAGCACAAACAUCUCAUGGAAGGAGCACUUCAAUCUGGAUAUGAUGUGCAAAUGGAGUAGUACAUAUGGUAGUAGUAUAUUAGAUCCAUGGAUUCUUGUUAAUUGCCACAAUGGAAGUUGCUUAUAUAUAUACCCAAAUAUGUGAAUAAGGGGAAAGAUCUAUUACCUUUGUGCA